AUGGUUGUACUUGAGCAGAAGGAGGUCCCAGAAUGCCAGAGAUAUCUUCCAAGGAACUACAACUUUGAGAUGGGAAAGGUAUUGAGAACAAUUAGAAGGCAGUCUGCAAAGAAGGUGACAUUGCAGUUCCCAGACGGGCUUUUGAAAUACUCUUUUGUGAUAAUAGACAUUAUAGAGAAGUAUACCGAUGCAGAAUGUAUAAUUCUGAACGAUGUUGUUUAUGGAGGAUGCUGUGUGGACGAUGAGAGCAUUGGGUCUGAUCUCCUUGUACACUACGGCCAUUCAUGCCUUAUCCCUGUAGGCGAGAUGAGCACAAGGGUUCUUUAUGUCUUUGUGGACAUCCGGAUAGAUGUAGAUCAUGCUGUUGAAAUGAUCAAGAGAAACUUCCAAGGGCGUGUAGGUGUGAUAGGGACGAUCCAAUUUAACUCAAGUAUAAGCAGACUGAGAAGGGCUCUAAAUGACGAGAAGAGUGGAGUGGAAUGUAUUCUUCCGCAAGUGAAACCUCUUAGCAGUGGAGAGGUAUUAGGGUGCACAUCACCAAAAAUCGAGGGAGUUUCAGCCGUUAUUUCGAUAGGAGAUGGAAGAUUCCACUUGGAGGGAGCCAUGAUAAGGAACCCCCAUCUGAAGUUCUACAAGUACUGUCCCUUCAGUCGCCGGAUGACUCAGGAGUUCUAUGAUUACAAUAAGAUGCUGAGUGAUAGAAGGUCUGAAAUCAGGACGGCAUUCAAGGGAAGAUCGUUUGGAGUAAUACUAGGGUCUCUCGGAAGGCAGGGAAACAAGAAUAUCCUGAGAAGUGUGGUCAACCGACUGAAAGGAUACAAGAUCUAUUUGAUAAUGCAGGACGAAAUAAGUCCCAAGAAGCUCGAAAGGUAUGAGUUCAUAGACAGUUUUGUUCAAAUAUCGUGUCCCAGACUUAGCAUAGACUGGGGGAAAUUGUUCAAGAAGCCAUUGCUGUCGCCCUUCGAAGUGUUCUAUCAGGGAGGAGAAUAUCUAAUGGAUUACUAUUCAAAAGAAGGGGACGGAGAGUGGAAGAACUAUAGAUAA